UGCGUUUAUUGUCACCCUUCUUUCUUCUCUCUCCCUUUCUCUUUCAAGCAUGUGGGUUCCAUGCUUUUGCCUCCCCAAGGAAAUGCAAAUCAUCAAUGAGUAUUGAUUUAGAGGCCUCACUUUUCGAGAUGUGGUUCUGAUUCUCAGUUGCAGAACGAGACGCUCCAGAGCAUGUUUUGUACAGUUCUCUGCUUCAUGUCAGCAAUUCUAUUUGCCAUGCGAAUCAGACCUCAAAUGGUGUCUCUUUAGGGUUCUCGUGUGACGGUGGCUGCUGGAUUUUACUGGUUGAUGCAUGUCUUGAAUAUUUCUUCUCCAGUAUAUCAAAAAUGGAAUCUGGAGGAGGGUUCUAUUCUGUCGAUGAGCUCAGAUUGGACCCAAAGUGGCUAAUUGAUCCUAAGCUUCUAUAUGUAGGGCCCAGAAUUGGAGAGGGAGCUCAUGGCAAAGUCUAUGAGGGCAAAUACAAAAACCAGACGGUUGCAAUUAAAAUUUUGCAUAAAGGGGAAACUGCAGAAGAAAUUGCCAAGAGAGAAGCCCGAUAUGCUAGGGAGGUUGCGAUGUUGUCUAGAGUUCAACAUAAGAACUUGGUGAAGUUUAUUGGUACCUGCAAAGAGCCUGUAAUGGUGAUAGUCACUGAACUCUUACUGGGAGGAACAUUGCGCAAGUAUUUGCUUAACAUGCGGCCAAAUUGCUUGGACAUACAUGUUGCUAUUGGUUUUGCCCUUGAUAUUGCUCGUGCUAUGGAGUGCCUGCAUUCUCAUGGGAUCAUUCACCGUGACCUGAAGCCUGAGAACUUACUCUUGACUGAAGACCAGAAAACAGUCAAGCUAGCAGAUUUUGGCUUAGCUAGAGAGGAAUCAUUGACAGAGAUGAUGACUGCUGAAACAGGAACUUACCGUUGGAUGGCUCCAGAGUUGUAUAGCACUGUCACACUGAAGCAGGGAGAGAAGAAGCAUUACAACCAUAAAGUGGAUGCUUAUAGCUUUGCAAUUGUUCUGUGGGAGCUCUUGCAUAACAAACUGCCCUUUGAAGGCAUGUCAAAUCUCCAGGCAGCUUAUGCAGCAGCCUUUAAAAAUGUUAGACCCAGUGCAGAGAAUCUCCCUGAAGAAUUGGCUGUAAUUCUGACUUCAUGCUGGCAAGAAGACCCGAAUGCCCGGCCCAACUUCACCCAAAUAAUCCAAAUGCUGCUCAAUUAUCUUUACACUAUUUCACCCCCUAAACCGAUGAUUCCUUCAAGAAUAUUCACUUCCGAGAAUACCAUCUUCGCACCAGAGUCCCCUGGCACGAGUUCUUUGAUGGCUAAAUGUGACAACACAGGAGAUACUCCCAGAAAAAAGGAGGAACACAAGCCUAAUGGCUUUCUUUCUUGCUUCAACCAAUGCUUUUAAUAAUUGAAUAAGAAGAUAGAUCCCCUUCAAGGGUAAAAUAGAUUAAAAAAAAUAAACGAGGUCACUUGAGAAUCUAGUCCACUGAGAUCUUUUUGGCAAUUUGUAAAUUGUCCGAAACGAUUCCUUUACACUUCCAGUGAAAGUUAUCUGUUUCGUCUAUUAAACCUACCGGGCAUUACAUCUGAUGCAGAUUUAAAUGUAGGAUUCCGAUCAUACCAAUUAGUAGUCAUCUAUAAAUAGUGCAAGAUUUUCACCUAUCGUUCUAAGCAUGU